UAAAAAUAAAAUAAAAUAAUGAAAAUAGUUGGUGGACGGCAAAUCAAACUGUCAACAAUGAUUGAUAGGGAAAUUGCUGCAAAAAUCAUAACUUUAACAGGUUGCUUAUACUGUAGAGUAAUAACCAGCUGAUGCUGUUUAAGAAUUUUAAGAAAUGCCAAAAGAUUAUCUAUAUGCAUUAACAGUUGUAUAGCUUUUAUGCUCCCUAGAUGAAAACAGAAAACAAAGAAAAGUGCAAACAACAAUAUUCCUGAGUACACUACAAAAAAUUAAUGGUUCUUUUUGUUUUUCAGAUAAAACACCUUUGCCAACAGAGAAUGAGACUUUUACGACAACUUGUAACUCACAUUCUAACAUCUUGUGCCAGACAAAAGUCAUGGGAUACUUCAUCAAGCACUGACACUAAACUUAGAAGAUGUUUAUCAACAUUAGAUUUAACUUUUAUUGGAAUUGGAAGCACAUUGGGAUCUGGUAUUUAUGUUCUUACUGGUGAGGUUGCAAAAAAUAAGGCUGGUCCUGCCAUUGUACUUUCUUUUUUAAUAGCUGCAGUAGCAUCAGUCUUAUCUGGUUUAUGUUAUGCAGAGUUUGGUGCGAGAAUUCCAAAAGCUGGAUCAGCUUAUGUAUACUGUUAUUUAACUAUUGGAGAGUUUUGUGCAUUUGUUAUUGGUUGGAAUAUCAUCAUGGAAUAUAUCAUAGGUGGAGCUGCUGUAGCAAGAGCUAUGAGUGCUUAUGUAGACUCUCUUGCCAGUGGUGCUAUUAAAAAUGGAACUAUUGGAAUAUUUGGUGAUAUUAAUGUUACUGGUGUGAGCAAUUAUUUUGACAUUUUUGCUUUAAGUGUUGUGUUAUUGUUUACAAUUUUUUUGUCACUUGGUGUUAAAAAUUCAGCACGUUUUAAUAAUGUGUGUGUUGCAAUUAAUAUAUCAACUGUUUUACUGGUUAUUUUUGUUGGAUUAGCAUAUGCAAAAGUAGAAAAUUGGGGUAAUUUUACCCCUUAUGGUUUCGAGGGAGUUUUGGCUGGUGCCUCUACUUGCUUCUUUGCGUUUAUUGGAUUUGAUGUCAUUGCGACAACAUCGGAGGAAGCGAAAAACCCAUCAAGAUCUAUCCCAAUCAGUAUGAUUGGAACCAUAACAAUUUGUUUCUUGGCAUAUUUUGGAGUCAGUGCGUCCGUUACUCUUCUUGUUCCAUAUACUGAUUUGCACGAUUCUUCAGCUGUUGCAACUGCAUUUCAUCAACGUGGUUUGGGAUUUAUGGGAUACUUAAUUGGCGUAGGUGCUACCAUGGGCCUAUUAGGUUGCACACUUAUGUCCAUGAUACCUCUUCCUCGGCUUUUGUAUGCAAUGUCACAAGAUGGUAUGGUGAUGAAGUUUUUUUCCAAAGUGAAUGAUAGAACUGGUGUCCCGGUGAUAUCAACUGUAAUAUCGGGUGUGGCAAUAGGGUUGAUGGCAGCUCUCUUAGACCUUGAAGCUUUAGUUGAAAUGCUAUCUAUUGGUACUCUGCUAGCGUACACCAUCGUAGAUGUUUGUGUUAUCGUAUUGCGCUACAGGUUCUUUAACACGUAUCAAAGACAAAUACCCAUUAAAUCUGAAAGUAUUAUUGGUUCUAAUUUAGACAUUCAAACCCAGGAAAUAGAAGGAGACGAAUUUCUCCUUCUGGACCAAUCGAAAGCCAAUCAAGGUUGCUUUGAAAAUGGAUGCAACUUUCAGAACAAUCCGUUACUAAUUAAUGUCAUGGUUGUCAGUAUAAUUUUCAUUUUAUUGGGUUUAUGCAUUGUGUUUUCAAAAUAUGGACAUAAGCUACUGGAGAAAGAUUUUGGCUUUAUUUUAAUACUACUGGUAUUACUAAUCAUGUUGUUGGCUGCAUGUUUUUACUUAUCCAGAUUGAAAACAAAUAUAGAAGGUUUGAGUUUCACUGUACCAUUGGUACCUUGGUUACCUGUUAUUGCAUUGUUCUUCAAUAUUUACCUUAUGUUAGAACUAAGUCACUUAACUUGGAUUCGAUUUGGUGUGUGGAUGGCUGGCGGUUUGGUUGUGUAUUUGGGGUAUAGCAUGCAUCAUAGCUCAGAGAAGUUAAAUGCUUCCGAUGAUGAGGAAGAGUAUAUCUUGCUUGAAAACAAAAUGACACGAAAUGACCCACCUACCGAAACGUCACCACUAAAAAUUAUUGCUAAGCAAGAUUAGUGAUCACAUCCUUCAAUUGACGGCUCUAAACGAGUUGAGCUGAAUUUUAAAUAAAUAUCAAUAGGUGGUAGUUAUUUAGAUAGGUUGGUAUUUUUUUAUUAGAAUUUUAUAUUAAAUGCUACUCUACAUAAAUUUACAAUAAAAUGAGAAAGAUUUUUGAGAGAAAACACAGAUUUUAUUUAUUAAAUCCAGUCCUUUUGUGAAUGCUGCCUUUGAAUAAACGCUCCAUUAAUAAAGGAAAAAAUAAAUUGAAUGUAACAUUGUUUAUUUGCGUUACUUAGGCUUGGAUUUUAAUACCUAAACGCCUCUUCAAAAAACACUGCUUUAUAAUAGUCUUGUGGCGUUUACAAGAAGUUACUAGAGUAGAAAUAAUAAAAAAAUUCUUUUUUCUACUAUGAAUUGAAAGCGCCCUGCUGUUAUUAUUGCGCUGCGAUAGGCUUACUCUUAAAACUUUUGUCACCUACAUGUAUUUUUACAUGUACACGUCAUUAGCAGGAUAAAUUGCAGGCUAGAGAGAGGAAGUAGUGGUUUUAAAAAGGAGCACAAUAUUUACGAAUAUUUGGCAUAAAAUUUAUUGUAUUUUACACCAUUUCCUCGAUAUUAGGUAGAACAAGUAGUUUUCGACGGAAGCAUUUUUUGAAUUAUUUUAUUAUUUAUAUAACAAAAAUGAGACUAUAUUUUGGUAAUCGUGGUUAGGAUGUUUUUAUUAAAAACGAUAUAUUUAUUUACUACGAUUGUAGGGAAUUAGUUUUUCGGAAAUUAUUUUGCCAAAAUUUCCUGAGUUUCAUCAGCUUUGCGAAAUUAAUUCACCCUAACAUUUUUUCCCGCGGAUUUAAUUUUUUUCAGCUAUUCUAAAAAACGAUUUUUGCCAAAUUUUUUUUCUUUUCCAUGAAUUUUAAAUUAAUUAGUUUUCUAUGAUGCGUCUUCAACUCAUCUUCAUUAAUUUUCUUUUCACGAAAGUUGCCAAAAUAAUUUUCAUUAAGGUAAAGAUCGCUUCUCAUUUUUCUAAUGUUUCCAUCACAAUUUAUUCAGAAAACUUUCAUCUAAGGAAAUACAAUUCACUAAAGUAUAGUAAUGAUUAACUAAGAAAUCAUGCUUUCACCUUGUAUAAAUAUAAUAACCUUACAUGUACUGGUUUUUCGCCCAUUCGUGCAUAAGUUACGCACCAAAAUAAAAUUCCACAUCUCGUUCCAGGAA